CUCAUCAUUCAUCAGCAGAAGACGCGGACACCGCCACGCGCCAAGCAUUUACGACCGCUGUAUCGGCAAAGCCGCAGGAUGGCCGACAAAUUGGCGGUCAACUCCUGGCAGCACCACCCUUGUGCGCGCAACAGCAUGGCAGAUGCCCUCGCAAACAUGGCGAUGGACUCACGCCGCAGCUUUCAAAGAAAACCCAACCGAGUAUGUGGCUCCGACUCGACUUGGGACGACGAGUACAACUACGCUUCCGGCGAUGUUAGUCACUGCCAG